AUGGGGCUGCUGACCGGGGACGCGCUGGGGCCGCUGGCCAUAGCCGUGGCCAUCUUCCUGCUUCUGGUGGACCUCCGGCACAGGCACAGAUUCUGGGCUGCCCGCUUCCCGCCAGGCCCCGUGCCGCUGCCUCUGCUGGGCAACCUGCUGCAGAUGGACUUCCAGAACACACUUUGCUACUUUGACCAGCUGCGGCGCCGCUUCGGGGACGUGUUCAGCCUGCAACUGGCCUGGACGCCCGUGGUCGUGCUCAACGGCUUGGAGGCCAUGCGCGAGGCUCUGGUCUACCACAGCGAGGACACUGCCGACCGCCCACCCAUGCCCAUCUACGAGCACCUGGGGUUCGGGCCGCGCUCCCAAGGGGUGUUCCUGGCGCGCUACGGGCGCGCGUGGCGCGAGCAGCGGCGCUUCUGCCUGUCCACGCUGCGCAACUUCGGCCUGGGCAAGAAGUCCCUGGAGCAGUGGGUGACCGAGGAGGCCACGUGCCUCUGUGCAGACUUCGCCAAGCAUGCCGGACGCCCCCUUAGCCCCAGCACCCUGCUGAAUAAAGCUGUGAGCAACGUGAUCGCUUCCCUCACCUACGGGCGCCGCUUCGAGUACGACGACCCGCGCCUCCACAGGCUGAUGGUCCUAAUGCAGCAGGGACUGGAGGAGGAAAGCGGCCUCUUGCGUGAGGCCCUGAACCACAUCCCCGUGCUCCUGCACAUCCCGGGGCUGGCUGGCAAGGUCUUCUCAGGGCAGAAGGCCUUAAUGACCCUCCUGGACGAACUAGUCCAGGAACACAGGAUGACCCGAGACCCGACCCAGCCACCCCGAGACCUGACUGACGCCUUCCUGGAUGAGGUGGAAAAGGCGAGGGGGGACCCUGAGACCAGCUUCAAUGACCAGAACAUGCUCCUGGUGACAUCCGACCUGUUCAUUGCUGGGAUGCUGUCCACCUCAGUCACGCUGGCCUGGGCCCUGCUGCUCAUGAUCUUGCACCCGGACGUGCAGCGACGUGUCCAACAGGAGAUAGACGAGGUGUUGGGGCCGGCGCAGCGACCAGAGAUGGGGGACCAGACCCGCAUGCCCUUCACCAUGGCCGUGAUCCAUGAGGUGCAGCGCUUUGGGGACCUCGUCCCACUGGGCAUGCCCCACAUGACAUCCCGGGACAUUGAAGUGCAGGGCUUCCACAUCCCCAAGGGGACAACACUUAUCACCAACCUGUCAUCAGUGCUGAAGGACAAGACGGUCUGGAAGAAGCCCUUCCGCUUCCACCCCGAGCACUUCCUGGAUGGCCAGGGCCAGUUUGUCAAGCAGGAGGCCUUCAUGCCCUUCUCUGCAGGCCGCCGCACAUGCCUCGGGGAGCCCCUGGCCCGCAUGGAGCUCUUCCUCUUCUUCACCUGUCUGCUCCAGCGCUUCAGCUUUUCGGCGCCUGAGGGGCAGCCCCGCCCCAGCGACCACGGCGUCUUUUCCUUCCUGAUGAUCCCACACGCCUACCAGCUCUGUGCCGUGCCCCGCUAGGAGCAGCAGCCUCCCCCUCCCCCCCACCGGCUCCUCAGCAGGGGCCCGGACAUGCAAUAAACCGGCUUGGCGGUUCCAGCCUG